CCGUUGCCGGGCUACCAGACCGCCGGACGGGCGGUCCCUGGCGCGGUCCGCGUGCGUGCGGGGAGCGGACCCCGGUCCAGCUCCGAACCUCGUACCCACUGCGGGCCGGUCCCAGCGCGCUCCGGCGCCUCCACGCCCGCCCAGCCGGGGCCCGAGGGCACGCUGCGGAGCGCGGCGGGCGGCGUCUCAGGUGACCGGGAAGAACUCUUCAACAAUAAGUACAUUUAAUAAGAACCAUGGCUUUAAAAGUGCUACUAGAACAAGAGAAAACAGUUUUCACCAUUGUAGCUUUACUAGCCUAUUUGGUAUGUAAAGUGAUUUGUGAAACAGGGGAUUGUAGACAACAAGAAUUCAAGGAUCGGUUUGGAAAUUGUGUUCUCUGCAAGCAGUGUGGACCAGGCAUGGAGCUGUCUAAGGAAUGUGGCUUUGGCUACGGGGAGGAUGCUCAGUGUGUGACUUGCCGGCUGCACAGGUUCAAGGAGGACUGGGGCUUUCAGAAAUGCAAGCCAUGCCUGGACUGUGCGGUGGUGAACCGCUUCCAGAAGGCAAACUGUUCUGUCACCAGUGAUGCUGUCUGCGGGGACUGCUUGCCGGGGUUUUAUAGGAAGACAAAACUUGUUGGUUUUCAAGACAUGGAGUGUGUACCUUGUGGGGACCCUCCUCCUCCUUAUGAACCACACUGUACCAGCAAGGUCAACCUCGUGAAGAUCCCGUCCACAGCCUCCAGCCCGAGAGACACAGCCCUGGCGGCUGUUAUCUGCAGUGCCUUGGCUACUGUCCUGCUGGCUCUGCUCAUUCUCUGCAUCAUCUAUUGUAAGAGACAAUUUAUGGAGAAAAAACCCAGCUGGUCUCUGAGAGCACAGGACAUUCAGUACAAUGGUUCUGAAUUGUCCUGUUUUGACAGACCUCAGCUCAAUAACUCUGCUCCCAGAGCCUGCUGUCAGUGCCACCGGGACUUAGCCCAGACCUGCGGGCCUGUUCACUUGAUCCCAUCCUUGUGCUGUGAUGACUCCUGCAGCAUCGACCAGGUGACUCUUGGUUGCAGGGUGCAUUCCCAGGCCACACUUCAGGAGAGAAAUGCAGGUCCUGUGGGAGAGACCAUGCCAUCUUUCUUCGGGUCCCUUUCUCAGUCCAUCUGUGGCGAGUUUUCGGAUGCCUGGCCUCUGAUGCAAAAUCCCAUUUAUGAUUGCCUGUUGUGCCUACUAGAACCCAGUGCCUGGAAGGGUAUUAGACAACUCUGUGCCUCGGAGCUGAAUAACCUCCUGCUCAGGAACAAGGAAUGGAUACCACUGCCUCUGGUUUUUCUGUGUUCAAAACAUCUCAAGUCACUGUAAUCUGAAAAUGAAGAUGAACCCUCUUUUGGAAUUCCUGAUACAACCUACUCAGAGGAAAACCAAAUUCCAUCCUAAGUACAGCCAAAGCAACCAGAGACGGCUCUCAAAAGGCUGGAGUGAUCUUCCAGAGAUUAGGAGCUGGAUGGCAUUUGUAAAGCUCUGAGGUCAGUGGCCUAGGUUAUCUUGAGAAAGCCUAACUGGCAAGCCCACUUUCUCUGAUUGUGGAUUUUGGGAAGAGAUUGGGCUCAGUCUACUUCCCAUGCUUUAGAAACAAAGAGGCCCUGAUGACUAAUGUGGGGAGAGCAAUGGUGAUAGAAGGAAGGUGUGGAAAUCUGGGGAACUUCUAACGACUGGGGCUUCAAUGGAACACUAGAAUGUUAUCUCUCUAUCAGACCUUGCAAUACCUCCGCUGAUUCUUUCUCAAACAUAAAAAGGUUGGAAAAGUAGCACAUUAGGGAAAAUACAGGAUUUUGAAAACUCCACCCAAUUCUAUGAGCCUCGGUCCAAGUGGGGAUGAAGUGAGGCACUCUAUCUUGCCAGCUUAGAUCUAUAGAAUAAAUCAGAGAGCUGGAAAGGACCUUAUAUAUAAUGAAGUCUGGAAUAUAAAUAGAUCAGUGUGGGGAAAAGUGAGACCUCGAGAAGGAAAACAACUGACUUAUGAUUUUUCUGUCAUCACGUUAUAACCAUAAACCACCAACAUAUUCAUUGGCCUCUUAUUCUGUUUCAAAUACCUCAUCUACCACUUCUACUUCGUACUGUAGGUAGCAGGCAGCUGAGGGUAGCCAGGAAGUGUCAGUAGUGCAGAAAUUCAGUUCAAAUUGUCCCAUAGUUGAGAUCUGUCCUCAGAUGAUUCUGAAGCUGUCUAUUUAAGGUAGGAGAUGAGCUUCUGAGUUGGGGGCACACGUACACCAUUUUCAAAGUCUGAGAUAAGAUGUGUGGAGAUCAAAUAAGUUUCCAGGAUCAAGCAUGUCUGUUGUAAACCUGCUCAUUUGCAAUUUAUGGCAUGCUCCUAAUCCAAAAUAACUCUAAAGAUGCUGAGAUAAGUGGUUAUCGUUGACUAGAAGGAAAUAAGAUUGUUGAGAAUGAUGUCCAAAAGGCUGGAAUUAAAGCCAGAAGAUGUUGAUAGAGUCUAAAUGCAUUAAGGAUCUCAUUUUACAUGAGUUGGACUUGAGCCCUUCUGUACCAUAGAACAAUCCUUGUUUUAUUUUUAAAGAUCAGGAAGACAAUCUCCCUCCCCCUCCUGUGCCCAGGAAAUCUUUCUUUGUCCCACAUUCCAAGCCUCAGGAUUAACUAUGGAGAAGUUUUAUCUUAAAUCUAAAUGAAUUCCUUUUUCUAGCACUAACCCUUUUACAUCAUGUGAAAUAAAUGUCAAAUAGAGCUCAUUUCUGUCCUUGAUACAAUAAUCCUCACCCACAAAAAGAGCACAGCUAGGUCAUUGUGUCUAUUUCCCAGUUAGUUAGUUGUGUUUUCAUCAGAGGUCAUAUAUCUGAGUCUUUCCAGCAGCUUCUAUUCCGGGCCCUGGUUGGCAGGAGUAACUGAAUCAGCAGCACUCUGUGAAGCAAGAGGAGGUGCGUGCCAUCCCUGCACCGUAAAGAUUUUCCUCUGUGACAAGCCUCCCUGAUGGGGUGGGCAGCUGUCCAUUAACUGAAACCAAAUAAGGCUCCCACUGAAGGAUGAGAAUAGGACACAAAUCAGAAGAGGCGAUAAUUAAGGGCAGUAAAUAAAGGGAGGUCCAAUGUGGAAAAAACGCAGGGAGGACAAGAAUCUCAAACAUGGUUAUUAAUGGCAAGGAGAUAAAGUCUUUGGAAAAUACAAACACCGAACAAGACCUCAGGAGAAUGAAAAAAAGCCAACAAAUUAUAUGUGAGCUUGCAAUGUGAUACAGCUGAAACAACCACACAGAACACAAGCAAUUCUGAAUUGCAUAGUUGAGGGAUCAAGUAUAGACCAAGGACCAGAGAGAUUUCUCUCUGAGCUCACAGAGACCACAUCCAGGGCCCUGGGACAGCAGAGAGACUCAGAUGAGAUGGAGGGAACUAAAAGGGAAGCAACCACCAAGGGAAAGGAGUGGGAGGCAUUGGUUUUAGAAGAGAAUAACCACCUAAGCUUGUGCAAGUGGUGACUAGAACAGUGAAAGCCAAGCACCAGGGCAAUGGGGAGGCCUGCUGAGGGAGGCCUGCAGCUGGACACGCUAAGUCAACUAAGUGGUGUGACCAUAGGGUGCUGGGAGACAUCAAGAGGCCGCAGAAUCAUUGGCUGGAAUGGCUCUUUGAAGCAUGGUGAAGACCAGGUAAGAUGGCAACCAUGAUGGAGUCUGCACAGCCGCUGAUGCAGGGGAUCCCCUGAGUCUUGGGUGUGCUCAAUGGGAAAGGGACUGCGGGAUUUCUUCCAGCCUUUCCGGAUACCCACUGUGGUGAUGCCAUCAAAGGCCAAAGCUCUCAAGGACUGGGCUGCCUAUUCCCACCUUUGCUCAAGACCCUGACUUUGGUGAGAGGCUGCACAAUAAAAAUUAUUCCAUC